UUAAAUCCCUAAAUCAACUCUCGUAUCUCGUCUUCUUCCGUCGCCACCAUACUUCUUCUUCUCUAAGCUUCGUCAUCUCUAUCUCUCUGGCUAAUUGCCAAUUUCAAUCCAAAGCUCGGUGAACAGAUUCUCAAUUUCAUCCUCUUCUCUCUUCGUGGCUCUGUUCAAUCUGCAAAGGUUCAAAGACAAGUCAGAUUUGAUCAAGUCUCGAUCUCUCUUCUUGGCCCAAGUUAGAACUCAAGCUCUUACCAUUUUUCAAUCUCUCAAGCUCGUCUAUGAUGGCUUCUCCUUCUUCUUGUACGUCUCGCAGGGACAAUGAAGCACAUAUGACGGAGAAGAUUGCAAAAGAUGUUUCAGAUAAACUAAAGGCUACAUCGUCUAGAGAUUUUUAUGUCAUGGACAUGGUGGUACCUGAAAUGCAGUCUGCGUUAGAUUUAGAUAAAAAAGAAGCUCUUGAGAAAAGCCUGGAGGCUUUGGAGAUGGGAUUGCAAGCCCUAAAUGCAAUGAGAAAUAACCUGCUGCAAAGAGUGUAUAAAGAAGAGGGCAGAGGUCUACCAGUGCUAUCAGAAGUCAAAAAGUGGAUUUCAGAUGUCGAAGAGAUUGAAUCCAAGGCUAAUCCUCUGCUUGAUAAGAGUAUCUCUGAACUUCAUAAGUUAUCUAAGUCCGAAGAUGGAUCCCAGAUCUCUGAACCAACGCCAAAUCAUUACAGUGAAAUGGUACACCAGAGGUUGAAAGAAGUUGAAACCCUCAAAACUAAAGAGUUUUCUGAAUUCGUGGUUGACAGAGCUCAUCUGCUUCAUGUGAGGAAGAUCCUGCCACUUCAACCAACUCUUGAUAAGAUUACGUUAGAAACUAAACGUUUGAGCCCAGAAGAAUCAUGGGAUCUAUUUCAAGAGGUAGUUGGAGAAGCCACGUUGACAAGUCAUCCAGACAUACGCCAGCUCGCAAGAAUAGUUGCUAAGAAAUGUGGUGGUUUUUGUUUUGCUCUUUAUCUCAUCGGUGUGACCAUGUCAAGCAAAAGAACGACAAGGGAGUGGUACCAUGCAAUUCAUGUUUUGGUUUCAUCUGCAGCUGAGUUUUCUGAUAUGAAAGAUAAGAUUCUCCCAAUUUUAAAGUUUUCAUAUGAUAGUCUGCCUUGUGAGAAUAUCAGGUUAUGCUUCUUGUAUUGUGCUUUAUUUCCGGAAGGUGAUGUUACAAGUAAACAAGGGUUGGUCGACUGCUUGAUCGGCGAAGGAAUUAUUGCAGAUGAAGAAGAUAGAGAGAUAGCUGAGAUCAAGGGUUAUGAGGUGAUUGAGACUUUGGUUAAAAUGUUUUUGUUGAUGGAGGAUGAAUCUGGAUAUGGUGUAAAGAUGCAUGACGUGGUUCGGGAAAUGGCCUUGUGGAUAGCAUCUGAUUUCGGGAAGCAGAAAGAACACUUUGUCGUUGUGGGCGGCGAGAGAAUACAUCAGAUGCCAGAGGUCAAUGACUGGAGAAUGGUUAGAAGGAUGUCGGUGACAUCUACUCAGAUUCAGAAUAUAUCGGAGUCUCCCGACCAUUCCAAGCUUACAACCCUGUUCCUCAAAGAAAACAACAACUUGAAAUGUAUCUCGGGUGAUUUCUUCCGGUGGAUGAAAAGUCUUUUACUAUUGGAUCUAUCUAAUAAUAAAGAACUUGCUGACUUGCCGGAGGAAGUUUCUUGUCUGGUUUCUCUGCAGUUUCUCAACUUGUCAUUUACAUCGAUAACAAGGUUGCCGCUUGGUCUGAAAGAGCUCAAGAAGUUGAUACACUUGGAUCUUGAGCACACAUCUAAGCUCAAAGAAAUUGAGGUGAUAGCAGGUUUAUCGAGUUUGCAAGUACUACGGUUAUUCUGGUCCUUUCCUAUGGAUCUCGGAUUAAUGGAGGAUUUACUAAUUUUUAAAGGUCUAAAAGAGUUGAGUCUAAACGUGGAAGAAGAUGCUGUUUUGCAGCGGUUACUAAGUGACAACCAGUUGGCAAGUUGUAUCCGACGUUUACAUCUCAACGGAUUUACGAUAACCAAUGGAGGGAUAUCAUUGCUAAAUUCUGCGUCCAGUAUUCGUGAACUUAGUAUCUCUGGAUGUAAUUUCCCGAAGAUAACCACUGAUAGGAGAAGAGCCCUACAUUUUAGCAACAUUGAGCAAUGUCCACAAUUCCGGAACAUGCACACGGUGCAACUGCAUGGGUGCAAAGGUGUAAGGAGUUUGACAUGGUUGCUCUUGGCCCCGAAUCUUGACAAUCUACGUGUAUACGAAUGUCCGCAAAUAGAAGAAAUAAUAAGCAAAGACAAAUCCAUGACCCAGCAGCUAGGAGUGGGUGAUAAUAGUGAACAGCCCUUUCUCAAUCUAACUAGCCUCAUUUUAGAGGGCUUACCUGACCUGAAGAGCAUCUACUGGACUCCUCUAACCUUCCCGGUUCUGAAAUC